UGAUCACGGGCGAAUACCGUGAAGGGAGCAUGCGCUACAUCGCUGAUGAGCCUCCAGCUCUCAGGUCAUCAGCUAUGGUUUCCCGCGACAUGCAGCUGGCACUGGCAUUCAAGGAUAGUGUCAACGGCAUCAAAGGCCCUUCAGCAAUGAUGAACCUCCCAGGUUUUGAUCUCGUCACUGGCUACAGUGUCGAGUACAUGCAUUGCGUGCUGCAGGGAGUGGCAAAGCAGGUGGCUGAACUGCUUUUCUCCUCGUCAAACUCAAACCAGCAUUUCUACAUAGGAACUGCGGCCACUUUGGCGAGGGUCAACGCUAGGCUUCUCUGCAUAAAGCCUCCGCAUUGCAUCACCAGGCUUCCUCGGUCAUUGUGUGAGCGGAGCUACUGGAAAGCAUCGGAGUGGCGCCACUGGCUGCUCUUCUACAUGCUCCCCUGCCUGCAGGGCAUCCUUCCAGUAGACUACUGGAAGCUGCUUGCAAAGCUCUGUGAGGCUGUCCACAUCCUUUUGAGGGACAGUAUCGCUCUUCAUGAGAUCCAACAGGCAGAGCUGCUGCUCGAGACCUUCGUUGGCCGCAGCAAGACACUGUUUGGCGUGACCUCUGCCACAUUUAAUGUGCACCAGUUGCUACACCUAUGCAACUGUGUCCGUCAGCUCGGCCCACUCUGGGCCCACUCUGCCUUCGUUUUCGAAGGGGGGAAUGGCAGGAUUGUGAAGCUCGUGUCAGCCGCGCGAGGACUCCCUGACCAGAUUUUGGAGCGGGUCGUGAUGGCUCAACAGGUUGAGUGUCUCCUGGCAACAGCGAAGUUGCCCGACAGGGAACAGGAUGUGUGCACGAGGUUUCUCGGUUUCCCUCCUAUUCAGAAUGCAAGCCAUGUGGAGGGAACAUGUCUGCUUGGAUGUGGAAGCGCUGUAAGCUUGAGUGCAGUGGAAAAGCGUGCUCUUGAGCAGCACUGUGAUUUACCUUGCACCCCUGGAACGGAGUAUGAACGCUUCGUCUUUGACCGUAAGGUAUUCCACAGUGCUGCCUACACUAGGCCAGAAAAAAGCAACACCACGGUCGUCUCCACACAAGAUGGGGAGUACUACAAGAUUGAAAAAAUCAUCCUGUUGUCACUUCCCGCCCAGACAUGUGUCCUCCUCUGCCGUCCAAUUGUCCUGAUGGAGGAAUCAUGCAUGCCACCGCACAUCAAGGAAUGUUUUCUUUCAGAAAGCGAGGCCCUGACCGUCCUACAGCCCAGUAGUAUCAAGGACAGCUGCCUGUAUAUAGACUUUGUCAGUGAAAACAAGUCAUUUGUGUGUGAUCUACCAAACAGCAUUGAGAGGGAUUAG